AUGGUGGGCGGAGGAAGCUCGCCGGGGGACGGCGGCGGCAGCCGAAGCCGGGAUGCGACGGGGGCGAAAGCGGGUGGGAUACCACCGUACAUGAAGGCUGUGUCGGGAUCGAUGGGGGGAAUCGUGGAGGCGAGUUGCCUGCAGCCCAUCGACGUGAUCAAGACGCGGCUGCAGCUCGAUAGGAUGGGGACCUACAAGGGAAUUGCUCACUGCGGCUCCACGGUGUGCAAGACGGAGGGGGUGCGGGCGCUGUGGAAGGGGCUGACUCCGUUCGCCACCCACCUCACUCUCAAAUACGCUCUCCGCAUGGGCUCCAACGCCCUCUUUCAGUCCGCGUUCAAGGACUCCGACACGGGGGCAAUCAGCCACCGGGGAAGGAUCAUGUCUGGCUUUGGUGCCGGCGUACUCGAGGCCCUCGUCAUUGUUACUCCUUUUGAGGCAAGAUUCUCUCUCUUCCCCGAAGUGUCUGCCCAUUUGGCACUCGAAUCUAAAAAUGUUUACAUCUACUGGAAGCAGCACUGCCUCUGUCUUCAAAAAAUUCUAGGGUAGAUUAGCGCAGAAAAUUCGAGUGGUCUCGGAUAGUGUUAUUUUUUUUUUUCGAAAAAGGUACCGAACCAGCCACACCGUGGCCCCAAGGAAGUUCUGCUUAUUUGUCUGUGAUGCGGAGUGCGAGCUCGUCCACUAGAUCUUAGUUCAGAAGAAGUUCAGAACUUAGUAGUAUAACGUGUCUGGGGGACGUCUAGUGUCACUGUUCUGAGAGUCUGGAUCAAGUGAAUGAGGAUUCUUCGAGGAGGCCCAAUUAAGAUGUGGCGGUAGAAUUUUCUUGCGUUAUCUGCAUUACUCAUUGGGGCACAAUAGUCCAGACAUUCCCAUGAUGCUUUUGGUGGAAUUUUUUUCUAGUGGAACGUACUCAUUAAACAAGUAAAUUUUCAAUUUUAAGCAAGCAAAGAUAUAAUUUCCGUAGCAGGCGGGAUAUAGUGUGUUUGAUUAUGCUGGAAUUCAGGGUUCAGACUUCAACCUCCCUCCAGUCGUUAGUGUUUCUUUCUGAGGGCCUAUGCAUCAUAGAAUAAAGUGAAAAUCUAUGUAACUUGAUGUGUCUUUCUUAUUUAGAGUUAACUUCUAUGUCAGCCUGUUAUCACCGUAAUCCAUUUUCUCUCACUAUGAGAUGCUAGAGCGGUUCCGUUGCUUAUGAUAUCAUUGUAAGUUACAGCUCCGAUCCUAUUGGCGAAACUGUAUUGGCAACCAGUUAGAAUAUGCCUCAAUGGGCCUUCAAACUAUAAUCAACGACAUCAAGAGCAAAUGCAUUUAACAUGUCGUCAUCACCCGUUUUUUUCAAUAAUUUUUUGCUUUACAUGAAGAAAGAAGAUGACAUUACUCAACUGUGGAAGUAGUUAUAAUUAAACUAAUUGAUAAAAUGGAGAAUUGCAUGAUGUUUGGCUUCUCUUGCGGAGUGAAAUCACGUGGACACUUAAAAUGUAUGACAUAGGAUUCUGCCGUUAGUAUUUCCUGUCACUUUGCACCAAGGAUUUAUUUAAGAUCCAGAAAUAUUGAUUGAUUAUUUAUAUCCAUCAUCUGAAUUUAGUUUUUUUAGUGCUUUCUGCAAUGUAAGAAAUGAAAUGAUGCCUUUUCUAUCCAAAUAUUGACCGUUUAUCAAGGUUUUUGGCUGAAAAUCAGCAGUAGGUGAUGAUAUUUGGCUGCCCAUUUUCUUUAAACACAUUGUGUUUUAUCCCCUCCCAACCCCCCAAAUCCAAAAAGGGUGUAAAGGAUACCAGAUUUUUAUGAAUCGAUUCAGAUCAUUGAUCUACAGAAGUUUUGGACAGUAAGUUGAACUGAAGGCAUGCCCUCAUUUGAUCAGACUUCAACAAGAAGUUUUGUCGCCAUGAAGGCAUAUAAUGAUACUAGUAAUUAUGUGAAUUGAAGCUGAAUAGUAUAGCUUCUGGGAGAUGAGAUGUUGCGGAUGCAAUCUUUCAAGUUGUUGGGGAUAUAUUAUCCUACUUACACAAGGAAUCAAGAAUCGGCAUUAAAAUCAAAUUAUUGGUACUGGAAAGUGCAUAGGAAAUGGUUAAGAGUGAUGAGAGAUAGAAAGUAAAACGCCAGACAAGACCCUCAGAAUGAAGGGAUUCCUAAAUAGGGCUUGUUAAAAUCCAUGGAGAUUACUUCAUUAGAUUCUCAUUUACCCAAGUUACUGCAAUGAAAGCUCUAUUUUUUUGUGAUCCAACUUCUCAUCGCUAUUUACCUUCUCCAGUAGAUUUCCUCGUAAGGUUCUAUCCAAGGAGUUUUUGAUUUCUUUUCAGCCAGAAGUUUCAUCGAAAUACAGAAAUCCACGGUAGCACUGAAGCCUUGGACGAAAAUUUAGUGCCAGCCCGCCCAUACUGCAAUCUAAUAUUUUUUUUAUCCAUAGUAUUUACUGAAUUUUAGAGCCUGAGAAGAACACAAUAAGUCGAUGCAUGGAGGAGGGUACACUUGCCAAUUUUCUGAGCGAUGUAUGCAGAAUCAUACACACCGAAUAACAAUUCAGAUACAAAGGAUCAAAAGGAAACAAAUAGCAAAGUACAGUGACGAAAUCUCCACAUGUUUAAGCUCCACUCUGUUGUCCUCACUUGAACCCCCAACUCACAGCAUGAAUAAAAUUAAAAAAUAUAGGAAGGAGGGUGCCUUUUCAAUUUGGCUUAAACCUUGUCGAUAUCUGAUGUAAAACACGCCAAAUAGGAUUGUCCUGCUUCGUGCUUUACAUAAAUCCUUGAGCAAAGUGUAGACCUUUUCAAGUGGCCUGAUAAUAUCACAGCAGCAUUUAGAUUAAUGGAUAUAAAAACAACCCACAAUGGCAUCAGUAAAGAAUUUAUGAGUGAAUCAUCUUCAUACUAAAAAUAGAAAAAAAGGAGACAAGUAAUGACAUGUAAAUUAUCUUGGUAAACAGAAACACAAAAAAUAUAUAAAUAGAUAAGAGAAUAGAAACCGUCCAGAAAUAAAACGGAAUAGCUAACUGUAAGCCUUCUCAGUGCUUCACUUAUGGUGAUGAAAAAUCAAGCAUUCAUUGUAAUAAACCCGUCAGUAAUUAGUAACAUUCAGAGCUGUUGCUCUUGUUGAACUGAAAUGCAACUCCAUGAAUGCUGCCAUGUUGGCUAUAGGAGCAACAAAUUCCAGACGAGGAAUGUGCUUUUUCAGUGUGUCCAAUCUCAGUAACCUAAGUACAGGACUUUCUGGCGAUCUCUGCUUCCAGAUAUAAGCUCUGACUCUAAGAAUCAAGUCAGAUCCCGGAGUGUGAUUUCAUAUUACUUCGGAAAUCGUAAGCCUCGAGAUCUGUAAAGCCUUGAAUGGGUUCUGAUUAAGAUAGCAGGAUAUGACUGAGAUAAAAUAAAUGUGGUUUGGUUAAUACUUAUGCUGAUUCGAUUUAUUUUUUUCAAGUUCUACAGAAGCAUUCACUGGAAUGUGCGUGUCAUAAUGCUAUCAUGAUUCUGCUUGAUUGUCAUGUCCAUUUCCCUGAUCGAAAUGGACAUAUUUGGUGUGGAACUAUCAACUAUUAAAUUUGUAGGACAUCACAUCAGUUCAGUAAAACUUGUAGCGAUCCACCAGUUGUUUUUGGAAAGCAUACUCUGUGUACGACUUCCACUUUCCCAAGAUAUGUUCCAUUUAAUUUACCGCAGCUGUUUAUAUUGGUAAAUAAGGUCUGGAAUGAAAGUUAUUGUCGUUUAUUUCUCUUUUUUUGCCAUUUAGUGACCAGUGAAGAAAAUAUGAGGCAAAAAGAUGAAGGAAACUUUAAAAUUAAGUCAGUAGGAGCUAAACUGGUUAUAAAUAGGUUAACACAGAGUUGAUCAUAUGAACUUGUCAUUCUUUCUACGAAAGUUACAUUUUCCUUAAAAUUCGAAAUUAAUUCUUUUACCAGGAUCUCGAGAUCUAGUCUAUUAGAUUAUGCACUAGAACCUGUGUCAUUCACAUGAAUAAAGACGGUGCAAUGGUCAUGUAAUUAAGAAUAACACUAGUAGAUAAUCAUUUUUGGUUAAGUUGCUGAUCAUUUGUUGUAUCAAAAUGAACGACAGCAUGCAACUUGCUCUGACUAAUUUAACACAGCUGACUUCUUCGUGGGCCUGCUAACACGAUGAAACAAUGGAUUACCAGUGAAUCCUGAAUCGUGUGUGUAACUCGUGAUUUUUUCUGGAAAUUCUGUGGAAAUCGCAAUGAGCAUGUUUCUUUCUUGUUGUAGUGGCUGUUUAAGCCAUCCAAGAGUAAUUUUCCGAUUGACAUAAACGAUUUGUAUGUACUUACAGGUGGUAAAGAUUAGAUUGCAGCAACAAAGAGGAUUGAGCCCUGAGCUUUUGAAAUACAAGGGCCCCGUACAUUGUGCAAGAAUGAUCAUUCGCGAAGAAGGUAUCCUUGGGCUGUGGGCAGGGGCAGCGCCGACUGUAAUGCGUAAUGGAACUAAUCAGGCGGCCAUGUUCACCGCGAAGAACGCAUUUGAUGUUAUUCUUUGGAAGAAACACGAAGGGGAUGGCAAGGUUCUCCAGCCAUGGCAGUCCAUGGUGUCAGGUUUUCUGGCUGGCACCGCCGGGCCCAUCUGCACAGGCCCUUUUGAUGUGGUGAAGACGAGGUUGAUGGCCCAGAGCCGAUCCGGAGGCGAUAUCAAGUACAAUGGAAUGAUCCAUGCCAUAAGAACUAUAUAUGCAGAAGAGGGACUGCGCGCUCUGUGGAAAGGCCUGCUGCCCAGGCUCAUGAGGAUCCCCCCCGGGCAGGCAAUAAUGUGGGCGGUUGCUGACCAAGUGACCGGCCUUUAUGAGAGAAGACACUUGCAUGGUGCCCCUAUUUAG